AUGGCAAACAAAAUUACUUGUUUUCUUGGUUACAUAGCUAUAAUCAGCUUGCUAUUAGCAAGAUCAACUCUUUGUGUUCCUUCAUGCGUGGAUGUUGUAUCAGAUUCUGCCCCUUGCUUACCUUUCAUUUCAAAAACCACUGAUUCGCCUUCAGAUUUUUGUUGCACUGGGAUUAGGAAUGUGGCAGGCAUGGCCAAGAGCCAGUCCGACGAAGUUCAAAUCUGCGACUGCUUGAAGGCGAAUAUGGCUGAAUUUGAUUAUGAUCCUAAACUUGUUGCUGCUCUGCCUAAGCUAUGUUUGGUCAACAUCACUCUCCCUCCAAUCAACAAUAGCACUGACUGCUCCAGGAUUUGCAAGUGUCGCUAA